AUGGGCGACGCUUCACUCGAUCUCCAUGAGAAACACGAUGAGCUGUGGCACGAAACCGCGCCGAGCACAUACGUCCCCGGCUCGCCCGAGGAGAAAGCCCUUGUGAGGAAGAUUGACAUGCGCAUUGUCACAGGCGGCCUCGAGGAGGACUUCAACAUGACCUCGGACCAGUACUCUGUCGUGCUGCUCGUGUUCUUCAUCAGUUACGUCCUGUUCGAGGUGCCCAGCAACCUCUUGAUCGCGCGCUGUCGGCCGUCGCUGUACCUCUCGAUCUUGUGUGUGAUCUGGGGCGGCGUCAGCGCCUGCAUGGCCGCCACGAACAACUGGAAACAACUCGCCGCAGUCCGCUUCUGUCUCGGUGUCGUCGAGGCCGGUUUCGCCCCCGGAGUUGCCUUCUACCUCUCCUCGUGGUACAGACGAUACGAGUUGUCGAGCCGGUACGCAAUCUACUACACCGCUACGGCCGUUAGUGGCGCCUUCUCUGGCCUCCUGGCCGGUCUCAUCACGCAGCACCUCGAAGGCGCUCGCGGACUCAAGGGCUGGCAGUGGCUGUUCAUCAUCGAGGGCGUCGGCUCCAGCGCCGUCGGAUGCGUGACUUGGAUCUUCAUGCCCGACUGGCCAGCGACGACCAAGUUCCUCUCUCCCGCCGAGCGACAACUUGCCGCGCAGCGCUUGGCGGCUGACGGCCUCGGCAACACUGCUGGCGGGGAGAAGACCUCGGAGUGGUCCGCGGUCAAGAUGGCAGUGAGCGAUUGGCGGGUCUGGGUCCUCGUUCUACUGUACAUGCUGUGCACCGGAGCCCAGACCGUGCAGUACUUCGUCCCCACGCUCGUGUCCGGUCUGGGCUGGACGGGCUACGACGCCCAGUACCACACUAUCCCAGUGUACGCCGCCGCGUUCGUGUACAUCCUCGUGUUCUGCUUCUGCUCCGACUGGCGCCGGAACAAGCCUCUCUUCAUCACUAUUGCGGCCACGAUUGGCGCGGCAUGCUUCAUUGUCACGGUCGCCACCACGACGCACAUCGUGCAGUACGUGUUCCUCAUCUUCGGCUUUGGCGCAGUGUACGCCGUCUGUCCCCUCGUGCUCACGUGGGUGCCUAACGUCAUUACGCAUCCCGCCGAGAAACGCGCCGUCGCCAUCGCUCUUGCGAAUGCCCUUGGUAACUCGGCGUCCAUCUAUGGCGUCUUCCUGUGGCCGGCUAAGGAUGCGCCACGAUACGUUCCCGGCUGGAGCGCGACGACGGUCUGGAUGGCGCUCAUUGGUGUCAUUGCCACCGUGUUUGCGAUUGCGUUGAAGAGGUAUCCGGAGAAGGGUGCCGAGGUGGGCGUUGACCCAGAGGAGCCAAGGAGCUCUGUUAGAGGAGUGCCUGUGUAG